AUGGAUUUGUGUGUGAUGCCCCGUCUGAUGAAUCGUGUGAUGUACGACGCCAUGAGGGAUUUCGAUCGUUUAGAAAGAAGCAUUUUCCCGUAUUGGCGAGAGGCUGACCAUUCGGUGCUUCACGUGGCCAAUGAAACUCAGCAGAUUGUUGAUGACGACAAAAAAUUCGCCGUCUCUUUGGAUGUGUCGCAGUUCCGCCCAGAAGAGUUGAACGUUCCAUUUGGAAGGGCAUCAUUCACCCGCAAAUGGCUGCUGCCCGAAAACGUCGAUCUGGAGGCGGUUCGUACCCAGCUGAACGACAAGGGCCAUUUGUCUGUGGAGGCGCCGAAGAAAGCCGAGGGUCAUGAGAACAAGCGAACCAUCCCCAUCAUGGCCGCUCCUCCCAAGAAUUAA